UACUAGAGAAGGAGAACAGAGUUCUUUCCAGAGGCUUUAAGUGAGGUUUUCGUUGCCCUCUGCACUCUCCUUUUGCUGUUGGGUAACUUUCUGCUUUAUCUGGCAUAUAUUUCGAUUUCCCAACAUGUUUGCUGCCAGACGAGCGCUGCGUCUUUGUCAGAGAGUUGCAAACAUUAACUUAUCGCGACGCGGAUGCGCUGGUGCUGUUCCUGUCGAUGACAUCGUCAACGGGCUCACCGACGAGCAAAUCCAGCUCAGACAGACGGUUCAGAGAUUCUGCCAGGAGAAACUCGCUCCACAGGCUGAUGAGAUUGACAAGAAAAACGAGUUUCCUCGCAUGAGGGAGUUUUGGAAGGAAAUGGGUGACCUUGGACUGCUUGGAAUCACUGCUCCAGUGGAGUACGGUGGAACGGGAUUGGGAUAUCUUGAUCACGUAAUCGUCAUGGAAGAGCUCUCCCGAGUAUCUGCAGCUAUUGCGCUCAGCUAUGGAGCGCACUCCAACCUGUGCGUAAACCAGCUGGUUCGACACGCAAACCAGAAGCAGAAGGAGAAGUACAUGCCUAAAUUGAUGACAGGGGAACACGUGGGAGCCUUGGCCAUGAGUGAGUCCAACUCCGGCUCUGACGUGGUGUCCAUGAAACUGACAGCCCGAAAACAAGGUGACCACUACGUGUUAAAUGGUAAUAAGUUCUGGAUUACGAAUGGACCCGAUGCGGAUGUUCUGAUUGUGUAUGCUAAGACAAACCCAGAGGCAGCAGCCCGUGGCAUCACUGCUUUUAUUGUAGAAAAGGGCAUGGCGGGAUUCAGCACUGCUCAAAAAUUGGAUAAACUAGGAAUGAGGGGAUCAAGCACCUGUGAACUUGUCUUUGAGGACUGCAAGGUUCCUGAGGAAAACGUAUUGGGUCCGUUAAAUAAAGGCGUAUAUGUUUUGAUGAGUGGUUUGGACCUGGAGAGACUGGUAUUGGCUGCAGGGCCUGUUGGUAUCAUGCAAGCUGUGUUGGACCAUGCAAUCCCUUAUGUGCAUGUUCGCGAAGCCUUUGGACAAAAAAUUGGCCACUUUCAGCUAAUCCAAGGAAAGAUGGCCGAUAUGUAUACACGACUCAGUUCGUGUCGGCAAUAUUUAUACAACGUCGCCCGCGCUUGCGACAAAGGCCAUUUCAGCGCUAAGGACUGCGCUGGGGUAAUUCUUUAUUGUGCUGAGAAUGCGACUCAAGUUGCCUUGGAUGGGAUUCAAUGCCUGGGUGGAAAUGGGUACAUUAAUGACUACCCGAUGGGCCGAUUUCUGAGGGAUGCUAAACUUUAUGAGAUUGGAGCUGGGACCAGUGAGGUCAGAAGAAUGGUCAUUGGCAGGGCUUUCAAUGCCAUGUUCAAAUAAAAGCAGCACUUACUUAAUGGGAGGGUCAGAUUAUAGCACUUUGGAUUAUAGUACAGCUAAUAUAUCAUUAAAUAUAAAAUCCGGUACAUGAACUACAAUAGAUGAUUUUCUGUUUUGUUUUUCUUCACUGCUUUUCUAAAUGUCAAAAACCUUUUGAUUUCAAACUACCUGUAUACCUCCAUGAUAAAAGGGUCAAACUCACAGGGACAAAUGCAAUGUUAAGAAAUAACAUUUGAUGAUGGAUAGUUAAAUGGAUAGUUCACCCAAAAAAAUGAAUAUUCUGUCAUUUACUCACACUCAUGUUGUUACAAACCUGUAUACAUGUAUUUGUUUUGAUGAACACACAGAUAUUAUUAGGAAUGUUUGUAACACAAAAUCGAUCAGAGACCCCAUUGGCUUCCAUAGUAUUGUUUUUCCUACUAUGGAAGUCAAUGGGGCCUCUGAUCAGUUUUUUUUUUACAAACAUUCCUCAAAAUAUCUUCCUUUGUGUUCAUCAGAACAAAGAAAUGUAUACAGGUUUGUAACAACAUGAAAGUGAAUAAAUGAUGACAGAAUUUUUGGGUGAACUAUACCUUUAAUUAUACUCUAUCUUUUGAAGAAAAGGAGUGGUGACGCACAAACUCAUCACAUAUUAUUUUUUCCAGAAGCCUUUGUUGUGUGUCUUGGGUGUGAUCAAUAAAAUCAGUGUUAUUCAUGACGUGUUACAUAUUUUGCAUACAACCCCUGCCUUUCUAAUGUGAUGUUUUCUGGCUGUUUUUUUUGUGAGGAAAAGUACUUUAGAAGAUAUUUAUUGCAGUGAAUGUUAUUGAAAUGUUCAUAAUUCAUUUGCAUUAAAACAUUAUGUAAUUUACCAAUAAAUUGUAGGAUUUUAAACAAACUGUCAACACAUCAAAUUUCCCUUCAGCCUUAAUGGUUAAUCAUUUCUUGUCUGUAAAAUAAUCAAUUUUGUUUGUUGUAAUGCUUGUUAAGAAUAAACACCUUAAAGACCA